AUGUCGAAUGCACGCAAGCGGUACUCGAUGAACUUUCCGCCGUUAAUGACGCCGCAAACUAGAUCUGCUGGAUCUCCAACACUAGUGAGAAGAAGUCUCAGUGGAAAUAUUAGAGACACUACAUCAUCAUUCCAGAAAUGGAGGGAUCGUUCUUUUGCCACUAUGGGAGUAAAUUCAGUGGUUGGUUCGACGAUUCCAUCAGAUAUAGACCCUUCAUCAAUAUCGAAUUGUAAGAUACUUCUGAUAGGUGAUUCUAAUGUAGGGAAAACUGCAGCAAUUUUAGGUUAUUGUGAUGAAUUAAUGACUAGAUCUCAAUGGCAACGGCAACGACAGAGACAAACCUUGAUGAAACAUUCCAAUUAUAGUCAACCAAAUAUUGGUACCAAUCAAAUUAAUUCCAUACCAACAACUAGUCAUUCACCAAUCAAUAAUACAAGUAGUAACAAUUCAUUAGGAUUAAUACAAAGAAAGCAAAAAUUACUAUCUAGGGAUAAAGCUACAUCUAAUAAGAAACGGUACAGUUUGAAUGAUUUUGAAGAAUUGGCAAAGAGACGAUCAAUUCUGUUUCAAAGGGAUGGAUCUUUACUUUCACCUAAACAACAUUCUACAGAAACUUUCUUACCCACAGAAGAUCCGCUUAUUGUAGAUGACCUGGCAGAUGACUUGACAGAUGAUAAUGAAUUAAUCAUUGAUACACGAGCUACUAUUGGUGUUGAUAUCAAAACGAGACUUCUGAAUAUUGAUAAUCGUUAUUUCAAUUGUAUCAUGUGGGAUACCGCCGGUCAAGAAAGAUUCCAAAAUGCAAUUAUCCCAUCAUUAUACAAGAAUUGUAACGGUAUACUACUUACAUAUGAUAUAUGUGAUUUUGUAUCAUUCCAGCAUUGUUUUACUAGAUGGCUUCCACAGGCCCUACAGAAUAUGAACUCGAGGGAUCUUGUUGGGGCUCGUUUCUAUUUAUUAGGUAAUAAGAUUGAUCUCUAUAAGGAUCGAAAAGUAGAACAUGAAGAUGUACUUCGAUAUAUUGCCCAUGCAGAAUCGCAACAUGGAAUUACCAUAUUUGGGAAUUUCGAAAUUAGUUGUAAAUGGCCUCAAUCCAUUGACUCGACAUUCAAUAAUAUUAUACUGGACUUGAUAGAAAACAGUUGUUAUGAGGAUAAUCGGUCAUCACACUCCCCACCACCAUCACCGCCACCAUCUCAUUCCCUUUCACAUUCGCCUAGACAAUUAAAACAAUCCCAAGGAGAGUUAGAAACGUUAAUGACAAAUGUUCAAGAGGAAGUGUCAUCGUCAGAUGAUGAUGCCUCCGUUUACUCAGCUAGUAGUCAUCGUAGUAAUGACAGUAAUAGAACUUUGCGACAACGUAACCCCAAACAGACAAUAGAUUUAACAAACCCAUUACCAGCACAGUUGCCGGAUAUUCCCGCAUCCAGUUGCUGUACAUAG